AUGUUAUCCUAAAAAUAGUAGCAAUAAUAUAAAUAAUCUAAUAAGACAAUUUUAGAGAGACCUUAGCUCAUUAAGGGAGCAUGGGGAAGUGAAAGGAAGAGUUUGAUCUAAAAAUAGAAGCAACCUGAUGAUUUCUAGAAAUAAAUGGAAAAUAUCUUCCUUCAAAGCAUAAAAAUAAUAAACUUAGCAAUUAUAAUGGUUCUCCCGAAAGUGAACAUGUUUGUUGGAAUCUGCGCAUUAAGCUUUUAGGCCUUUGUGCUUUACCCUUGGCAUAAUGUGAUAUUGGAGCAAGUUGAAAGUUUGGAUAAAAAUGUUAGAAUACUAGAAGUAAUGCAGCAAUAGCUUGUUAAGGAAGCUGAGCAACUACAAAAAUUGAACCCAAUUUGAUACAUAUUCAUAUAUUUCUUUCAAUAUCACAAUAUGUACAUUGUA